CCUAGCGGGUACUCCACCCGGGCGCGUGCGCGGAUCACGUGGGUAGCGGACCUGCGGCGGAGUCCGGGGCGGCGGCCGCGCUGCAGCCGGCGGGACGGGCUUCGGAGACCGCGCCUCUAGCUGCAGGUCGCCAUGGCUGCUGUUGACAGCUUCUACCUCUUGUAUAGAGAAAUCGCCAGGUCUUGCAAUUGCUACAUGGAAGCACUUGCCUUGGUGGGAGCCUGGUACACAGCCCGAAAGAGCAUCACAGUCGUCUGUGACUUCUACAGCCUGGUCAGGCUGCACUUCAUCCCUCGCCUGGGCAGCAGGCCGGACCUGAUCAAGCAGUAUGGAAAAUGGGCGGUUGUCAGCGGGGCCACAGAUGGCAUCGGGAAGGCCUAUGCUGAGGAGUUAGCGAACCAUGGACUCAACAUCAUCCUGAUCAGCCAGGAAGAGGAGAAGCUGCAGGCCGUGGCCAAGCACAUAGCCGACACCUACAGGGUAGAGACACUUGUCCUGGUGGCGGACUUCAGCAGAGGCCGGGAGAUUUACGCUCCAAUUCGAGAAGCCCUGAGAGACAGAGACAUUGGCAUCCUGGUGAAUGACAUAGGUGCAUUCUACCCCUAUCCGCAGUAUUUCGGCCAGGUUCCCGAGGACACGAUCUGGGACAUUGUGAAUGUGAACAUUGCGGCUUCGAGCCUGAUGGUGCACAUUGUGCUUCCGGGAAUGGUGGAAAGAAAGAAGGGCGCCAUCGUCACCGUGUCUUCCGGCUCCUGCUGCAAGCCCACCCCACAGCUGGCUGCCUUCUCUGCAUCCAAGGCCUAUCUGGACCACUUCAGCAGAGCCCUGCAGUACGAGUAUGCCUCUAAAGGGAUCUUUGUGCAGAGUCUGAUCCCCUUCUACGUGACCAGCAGUGUAACUGCACCUGGCAGCUUCCUGCACAGAUGCCCUUGGCUGGCGCCUUCGCCAAAAGUGUAUGCCCAGCAUGCCGUGUCGACCCUGGGCAUUUCAAAAAGGACCACAGGCUACUGGGCCCAUUCUAUUCAGUUCCUCUUCGCACAGUAUAUGCCUGAGUGGCUCUGGGUGUGGGGUGCAAACCUCCUCAACCACUCCUUACGGAAAGAGGCCUUAUCCUCCCAAGCCUGAACCUGGAGCUCAGGAGAAGCUUGGCCAAGCCACAGUCAUCUACAGUAUUCUGGCAUUUGGAAGAACACAUCACUUCACCUGUGUAUUGCCUCGAACUGAGUACAUAGUGCAUUGCCAUCCUUCAUGAGGCCGACUUUUAAGUCUGUGAGAACAACCUCAGGGACCACAUGGGUGGCCCAGGGCACAUAGCCACGAAGCCUGAGAACAGAACAGGACGCUUCCCCAACACUUAGAGCGUGACUGGCUAGCUCUUGUAACUUCUUGUGUUGGUAUUUUUUUUCUUUUUUUGAGAAAUCACCUGUUUUCCUUUUAUAGGUGAUUGAUUAUAGUAUUGGCUUUCAAAGUGUUCAUCACGCUGGGCGUGGUGGUUCAUGCCUUUAAUUCUAGCACUUGGGAGGUUGAGACAGGUGGAUCUCUAUGAGUCUACCUGGGCUACGUAGUGAGUUUCAGGCCAGCCAGGGAUAUGCAGUUAAACCUAUCUUAAAAAAAAAAAAAUUAACAUUCAUCAGGAAGACAACAGAAAAGUGUUAUUUAAACUGUGAACUGUGAGUGCAGGUGGUGUUAACAGUAGACAUGUGUCACACCACAUAGCUCCAUUGGGGGGCGUCUGUGUAUAUACACUACCUUUCCCUAAGGUCCCCCCUAGAACCAUGCGUGUGAUGUGUGUCUGAGCAAAGUCAUUGAUAAGAUUUUACUGUAAACUUUGUCAGGACAAGGUAAUGGGGAGCCUUCCCAUAGUGAACGCCUGGGUUACUCCUUUUUAUGUGGUGAAAGCCUUUCUGACUCUACGUCGUCUCGUGAGCUUGCUGUGUCUGACACUGCUUUCUUUGAGUGGUUUUUGUCUUUCUAACUCUGUAGGUGGCUUUCAUUCCUAGACUGGGACACAUGACAUGUUGUCUUUUGAUUUCUGAGGUAAUUGUUGUGGCUAAGUGGUGAUUCCUCAGUACAUCCGUGUUCUAACUGACCCCCUUCAGAGCUUGUCAGAGCUGGCUUUCAUACACUUUUCUAUGUAAUCCAAUUUCACCCCAGGAGCAUUGUUGAUAAAAUCAUCACGUGUUUGUAGAAGAGUGGUUAAAAUAUGGGCAACUUUUGUGUGUGGUACAAGGUAGUUGUUGAAGUGAUGUUAGCAGCUCAUUUUUAGCCUGUGUAAUGAACGUGUACGUUAUAGGGUAUGCUUUUAUUAGCGUGAAGAGUCCUUUUCAUAAAUCCCACAGUAUGGGUGUACACUGAAACUUAGUGUCCUUUUGGGUCUUCUAAAAUCAACCUCUUGGAACAACGGUCUCUUGGGAACCCGGAAGUCAUGGCAGCUUAUGAGAGUGGAGGAUGUGGCGUUUAUCCUUGUGGUGCUGCUACUGGGCCUGGAAGGUGAAAAUGAGUGGCAGGCUGGGAUUUGUGUAAAGUUGCUUUAGUGACAUCCCAUCACCUGUAGGCCCAGAUGCACUUUGUCCAGGGCAACAGAUGUGGCAUUUUCAGCUGUGACUCGGAUCUAGAAGAUCAGUGUCUUCAUGUCCUUAGUCAUGUCUUCAAAACGUGCAGAACGCCAUGCUUGGAGACAGAGGAGGAGGAGCAUCGGUGGAGACGUCUGUCCACUGCUGAGAACCUGCGUGGAUAUGUGAUAGGCAGCAGCUCGUCCACGUGAGAUAUCAUCACCCAUUGUCCCUUUGGGGACGAAGGCAGGUGACCCAGGGGUUCAAAGCCAGCAUGGGCUGUAUAGUGAAACUGGUUCAGGAAACAAAAAACAUCAGAAGACACACUGUCUGUUCUGUAUAAGGUCCUGUGGUCCGGUAUUCAGACUUGUCGGUCAAGUGCGGAGUCCUUGCUCUGUGAUGAGAAGGAGUCAGUGUCAUCAGUGAUGUUCCCUCAGUGGGACUCAGCUAGAACCAGAUCAUGUGUGGACUCAGAGCACAGUGAUCCGUGGCUGCAGCAGAAGACCCGAACCAGGCACCAUUAGGCUUCCUAGCUUUCAUAGACAGACUCUCUCUGCUGAGUUAGUCCACCCACUGUGGACAUGGUUGUUACCAAGGAAGGAGGAAUUUGGAACCUUUGUAACUCCUCCUGUGAAUUGGGAAGUAAUAAUAAAAGCAUCAUUGUUUCCCUCAGG